AUGUAUUGUAACAAAAGUGACUUUCUUCAAUCCAUCUUCAAUGCUGUUAACGUAUUAGUAGGUGUUGGCAUCUUGGCUUUCCCGCUUUCAAUGCGUUUGGCAGGUUGGUUCUAUGGAUCUUUUAUUUUCAUAUUUUGUUGUUUGUCAACCAAUUAUACUGCCAAAAUCAUUAUUAAAUGUCUGACUACUGCUAAUGGUCAUGGUUCAUAUCCUAAUAAUAUCAGGGGCACCACCUAUAGUGAUAUGGGUUUGAUUGCAUUUCAAGAAAGAGGAAGACGAUGGAUUAGUCUUAUAUUUAUUGUUGAAUUAAUUACGAUAGGUGUGGCAAUGAUCGUCUUGUUAGGUGAUGGUAUUCAAUCUUUAUUUCCUGAUUUAGAUAUUAUCAAUACAAGACUUAUUUCACUUUGUAUCUUGACACCGACCAUCUUUUUACCUAUUAAAAAACUGGCUUAUACAAGUUUAAUAGGUAUCAUUGGUUGUAUCUCACUUGUUUUUAUUGUACUUUAUGAUGGAUUAACCAAGUUCAAUAAACCUGGUAGUCUUUAUGAACCUAUGGAUACAGAACUUAUUCCAAAUGAUCUUUCUCAAUUACCCCUGAGUUUUGGAUUGAUUAUGUCAGGCUUUGCAGGUCAUGCGGUGUUUCCAUCCAUUUAUCGCGAUAUGAAAAAUCCGAAACAGUAUAACAAGCUGGUUGAUAUAACAUAUCAAAUAACAGCUGCCAUUUAUCUUGCUAUGGCUACCAUAGGUUAUUUAAUGUUUGGACAAGAAGUACUUCAAGAGAUUACACAAAAUUUGAUACUUGUAAAAGAAUAUAGUCAAGCCUUGAAUCAUUUUGCUAUUUGGUUAUUAGUCUUGACACCUAUUGCAAAAUAUGGUUUAAUGAUGCAACCUUUAAAUCUUAGCUGGGAAUUAUGGUUCUUUGCCAAGUAUGAAACCAAUGAUGAAUGGAAGAAAAAGGCAUUCAUGAUAUCCGGAAGAUUACUUGUUACCAUGAUUUUAGUUUAUAUUGCUCUUCUCUUUCCUGGAUUUGAUAGAGUCAUGUCAUUAUUAGGUGCUUUCUUUAGUUUCUCAAUAUCAAUUAUAUUUCCAAUUAUCUGUCAUUUAAAGUUAUUUAGGGCAACAUUAUCUCUAACUGAAACUAUUUUGAAUUUAUUUAUCUUGUUUAUCGCCAUUUUUAUGGCUAUUUUUGGUACUAUCUGGAGCGUACGUUCAACCAGCGAGCUUUAA